AUGUAUAGUGACUGCAUCAACAGGCUGUUCGGAUUCUCAGUUGAAGCGGAGAAACCAAACUCGAUCAUCUUCUUGAAAGCUUGUGAAUUUUUAGGAGUGAAUCUCGAGGAUGCGGUUCGUGUAGGAGAUGAUCAUGGGGAGCUAGAGAUGCAGGUUGUGACGCUUGGCUCCGAGGAAGUGACUGUUUGUGAGACUUGUGGCGACUUAGGUUUCGUAGAAGCACUCGUAUUCUGUGACUCUUGCCAGAUUGCUACUAUUCACCGCUAUUGUUUGAACAUAACACCGGUUCCUAUUGAUGACUACAUAACUUGGUUCUGUGUGAGCUGUGAUGGUAGUGACAGUAGCUCUGACGGAGAACAAGUUGAUAAACCUGCUAAGCUUACACAUAUCUUGAAGAAAAAAGUGAGCAUCAUCAAUCACACUCCACUGGGUUUAGUUGCUGUGGAUACCACCAAUGUUGAACCUGAGACUGGGUCUUCUUCACCUACUAAGGAAACAAGGAAGGAGUCUGAGAGACGAGAGAUCUCAUGUAGCGGAAACAAUCACGAAAUAACAAAGGGAGCUUCUGUCUUGGAAUCCAGCAAUAGUGUGCCAGAUCAUGUUUCUUCUUCUACCACCAAAAAGCGAAAAUCAGGUUACGGCAACUGUGAUGAAGAAGCCGACUCUUUCAAACCUACAACUCCUUCGGUAGCUUCAAAUGAUCUUCGCCCUAACAUACCUCGCACUAGUGAGAAUAUGCAGUUAGAUGUGGUGAAAAGUUCUUGCAAUGAGGGUGAGUCAAAUAUGCUUCAAACGUUGGAGGGCUUUACAGCUAGGCAAUUCAAUCUCGCACUUGAUCAAUACAGAGCGCAACCAAUCGUGACACCGAUAUGGAGGGGAUCGAUAUCUCUGAAAAAAGGAAACAUUCGUAGCAUUGGUGGGCUUGUUGCUCAUUUAUCAACCUUAGCCUGCCAUAGAGUCCAUGGCAUUUCAAGUUCAUUACACAGUCGCCUUUCUGCUGAAAUGUUUCCAAGGAUGGAAAUAUGGCCAAAAAGCUUUCUGAAGAAUAGAGGACCCAAGGAUGAAAGUAUUGCACUUUAUUUCUUCCCUUCUAGUGGAAGUAAUGAAAACGAAUCAGAGUUUGAACAAGGGGAAGGAGUUGUGGACCCGCAACAGAUAGAUGAUCAAAAGAGUUUCGAUUCACUUGUUCUUGAAAUGAAGAAGAAUGAUUUUGCCAUGAGAUGCAUCCUUGACAAUGCAGAACUUCUACUCUUCACCUCGUUUGUGUUCAAAGGAGUACCUAUGGGGCGUCUUUAG